AACAUGACGAGCACCACUCCUUCACUACCCUAACUGCACUGCACGAUAUGAUGACCGCGUAACCAAAUAUCAUAAUAAACUCGCACCAGUCCAAUCAACAAUGGCGUCCGUCCCAUUAUAUAACCCGCCCGCCACCUCAAUCCCCGGCAAACAACCCACUCCACACUUCCCGGCCCAUACUCGACAAGCCCACCUCCAAUGGCGUCGUCCUUCCUCGAACCUUACGGCAAGAUAGACGACGCCGAUCAGGCUCGCCUCGACGCCCGCCGCAAAACCCGCAAGCGCGUCCUCGUCAUCGCCCUCUCCUCCCUCCUCCUCCUCACAAUCAUCCUCGCCUCCGUCCUCGGCACCCGCUCCAACAACUCCAACCACCAUGACAUCCAAAACGACGCCGCGGCCAUGAAGUCGGUGGCCGCCGUCUGCGGCGUCACCCUCUACAAGGACUCCUGCUACCAAACCCUCUCCUCCGCCGCCAAGUCCGGCCACCUCCACCCUGAAGACCUCUUCAAGCUCUCCGUCCAGGUCGCCAUCGGCGCCGUCGAGAAAGCCUCCGACUACUUCUCCAAAACGUCGAAGAAUUACGACAACGCCACCGCCGCCGCGGUGGCCGACUGCGUCGAGCUCCUCGACCUCGCGGCCGACCAUCUCAACGACACGUACUCCUCCUCCUCCUCGGGACCCACCAACGUGGCCGACGUGGUGGAUGACGUCAGGACGUGGCUCAGCUCGGCUGCCACGUACCAGGACACGUGUCUCGACGGGCUCCGGGAAACCGGGGUGGUGGACGGUGACGUGGCGGGGAUGAGGAACGCGACGGAGCUGACGAGCAACAGCCUGGCGAUCGUGACGUGGAUGGGGAAGGUGGCGGGGUCGUUGGGCCGGAGGAGGAGGCUGUUGGGCCACGGGCCCGAGUGGGUGUAUGGCCGGGCUGGGUACUAUAGGGAGCUGCUGGCGGAGAAGGGGGAGGAUUUGAAGAAGAAUGCGGAUGCCGUUGUGGGGAAUGGCGGGAAGUAUAAGACGAUCGAGAAGGCGCUGAAGGCGGUGCCGAAGAAGAGCAAGGAGAGAUUUGUUAUCUACGUGAAGAAGGGGGUUUAUAAGGAGAAUGUGAAGGUGGAGAAGACGAUGUGGAACGUCGUAAUGGUCGGCGACGGGAUGGACGCCACCGUCGUCACCGGCGGCCUCAAUGUGGUCGACGGCACUCCCACCUUCGGUACCGCCACUUUCGCUGUUUUCGGGAAGGGCUUCAUGGCUCGAGACAUGGGCUUCAAGAACACGGCCGGCCCAACCAAGCACCAGGCCGUGGCCCUGAUGUCCAACGCCGACCAGUCCAUAUUCUACCGGUGCAGCUUCGACGCGUACCAGGACACCCUCUACGCCCACGCCAACCGCCAGUUCUACCGCGAGUGCAACAUCACGGGAACCGUCGACUUCAUCUUCGGCAACUCCGCCGCCGUCAUCCAAAACUCCAACAUCCUCCCGCGUGUCCCCAUGCCGGGUCAGAUAAACACCAUCACCGCCCAGGGGAAAACCGACCCGAACCAGAACACGGGGAUCGCCAUCCAGAACUGCAGAAUCCUCCCUUACAAGGGCGACGCCAAGGGGGUUUCAGCGGUGAAGAAUUACUUGGGCCGGCCCUGGAAGGCUUAUUCGACGACCGCGUUUGUUGGGUCGGAGAUUGGUGGGCUUAUUGAUCCGCAAGGGUGGCUGGCGUGGACGGGGACAACGGCGCCGCCGACGAUUUACUAUGCGGAGUACGGCAACUUUGGGGCCGGGGCGGAUACGAAGAAGAGAGUGAAGUGGAAGGGAGUGAAGUUUAUGAACAAGAAGGAAGCGGAGAGGUUUUCGGUGAAGGCGUUUAUACAGGGAGAUAAGUGGAUUCCAGCUUCUGGGGCUACCUAUAACUAAAAAAAGAAAAACUUCACCGGCAGGCUUCCUUGAGAACAUACACUAAUACAAUUUUUUUGGCAAAAGGGUUCACAAAGUUGCAUUCUUUUAUCAAUUUCACUCGCUAUCUUCUGCCUUUUGAUUAUUUUUUUUUGCCCCCCUUUCAUUUUUGCACUUUUUUUAAAAUGGUAAAUGACACACACCUUUAUUGGUGAUCUUGCAUUGAGAAUAUUGUAUCAAUCUGUAUAAGAAAGAUCACUACAGGAAAAGUGAGUUUUCGCAACACGUAAAAUAUGUUGCAUGAAGUGUUGAAAGUGUUACAUAUGUAAUAUGCAACACUUAUAGUAGUGUCCUCUAUAGGUGGUGUUGCAUAAAGUAAUAGGUAACACUUUUUUCACUUUAUGCAACACAAAAACUAUGUGUUGCGUAUGUGUACCACUUAUGCAACACCGUUUUUGGCAACAUCUCAACAAAUUUAUGCAACACUUUUAGCAAGUAUAUGCAACGUGCAUAUAAUUUAUUAUUGACAGGUUUUUUCGUCGCAUAAGACUAACACAAUCGUGACAACUUUCUCUAGUAACAAAUAUUAUACAUUUGUGUGUGAAUGUUGUGGUGAGUGAAGCUAGCUUUUGUAACAAGUUUGUGCGGACACCAACUUAUAUUAAAUGUGACAGGUUGAAUUUAUCACAAAUACAUAGUUUUUGUGACAAAAUUAUAGUCACAUAUGCAACACCAUUGGUGACACUUUUUUUUCAUAAGCAUUACACCUUUAGCAACCUUUUUGUUGUCACGAAAGUAUAUUUUUGUUACGGUGAAUUUUAUCACAUAAAAGCAACACCAAUAACGAAUUUGUAUUGGAAAGAAUAAUAUAUAAAAACAAGGAUUAAUUUGUCGCCAAAAAGUAUUAGAUUUUUCGUGGUAACAUUAAACUCCAUUAGAGCUCCAACUGAUAAGCCUAUCUACUCUUACACAUAUGUGUUAAAACUACGAAUAUACAAUUAUCUUAUUCUUAAGCUAUUCAAAAUCAUAUAUGAAUCUUGAAAGCCUUGCUUCCUCGGCUGGCUUUGCCUUCUCCAUCGUCUUCCAUCUUGGGGUGAUUUUUAUCUUUUUUUUAUUGAAUGCCAUACCCUUUGAAACAACCAUCAUUGACCAAAGAAGAAAGCUCUCAAUUGAAUUAGAUAUGGAGAAACGAACCUGCAGAUUAUAGUGAAUAAAAGAAUCAAUCCAUUAAUCAACUCAUACUGCAGUUAUAAAGUCAAAGAGGAAGCGAUAUAAGUGUACCUGUAAUAGGAAUUAAACUCCAGCUACGUACAAUGGGGGUUCUUAACGGAGAUCUGACCAUCUGGCGCUGGUUCGGUUGGUUAGAGAGGAAGCCCUAAGCAGACAGGAGAACAACAUAAGACUCCGAGUAUGGGGAAAGAUCGAUCACGGUGGCCAAGGGUUUAUAGAAGUUUGAUUUUAUUUUUGGUGGAAAGAAGUUUGAUUUGAUACAACAACUAAUUGAUUCCUUUUUUACCUAUUAUUAUAUUUAAAAGUGAUCUACGAAAUCCUCAUAAGCAAUAACAAAUGAUAAACGAAUAAAUGAGUAACAAAAAGAAGGUAACCAUCAAAGAAGAUAAUUUACUAUCGUUACCAUAAUUUGUAAGAAAAGAUUAUUAAAUUGAUUCUUUACGCAAAAUUUUUGUUAAGAAGAUAAUUUCAUUACUUACGUCUUCUUUCAUUAAAAAUUGUUUUUUUUAAAUAGUAUUGUGUGUGACUACUUAAAGCCUCACAAAAGCACAUUAAACAUGUGUGACGGAAAAUUAAGGUUUUAUAAGAAAUUAGUCCCUCACUAAUGAAAUUCAUGUGUUUAUAAAUUAAUGUAAAUGAACAUAAAAUGGAGCAUUGUUUAUGAACUUCAAUUGGUUAACUUUUAAAGUAACACUUUUUAGUAUAACAGGAUAACUAAUUUGUCGAACAUUAUGAUUUGAACCACUGGUAUAUGUGGUGUGGAAAUUUCAUUGAUAGUUAAUUUGUUGUUAACGAACAUUAUGUGGGUCGUCAAUAUGAUAGUUAUAUUCGAUGACAAUAUGUUAGUUAUUAAUAAUAACUAUUAAAUUUAUACAAUAAGUAAUAAAAUUAUAAAAUGUUGCCUAAAUUGUAAGAAUAGACAACAUAAUUUAUUUUAUUGCUCAAGUGUUGCAUAUUGUUAGGUAUAUGUAACAAAAAAAAAUAGUGUUGGUAAUUUGUGUUGUAUAAGAUAUAUAUUAUGCGACACAUAACUUAAGUGUUGCAUAUGUAUAUUUUAUGUAACACUUUUAAAAAGUGUUGCACAACAAGUGUUGCAUAAACCCACUUUUCCCGUAGUGGAUAUUGGAGUCGAUAUUUUAAAUGUAACAUAUAUAUACAAUGGUGGAAUUAAUGAAAAUACACAAAAUAUACGUACUGCUAUAUCAUUGAGUUUAUGUCUAGCUAGCUACUAUGAUCGAUGAAGUCACUAGCUAGUCACUCUAGCUAGUUAAUUACUUCUCUCAUCAUCUGCCUAACUGCCACACACUUGGAUAAAUAUACAUAUUGAAAAAAGAAAACCUACUAAUACCCAUUUACUGUGCAUGCAGAGACAUUUUACUGCACAUAUAGACUCAUAUGUACUGUUACGACUGGGAUGGGGCUCUGGUGUGGGUAGGUGCACGUGGGGGCUCUUUCGAUCGGAAUGGGAUUUCUAACGUUUAGUUCAGUUUUGAAGUUAGUUACCUUCUGGUCGGGUGCCAUCUAUGUGUCCCUCACGCGCGUAGAUCACUCGGCGGAUUGUUUUCGCCUCGAGUUCUGCGUCCCUCACCGACUACUUACCCUUUCAGAGAUUGCGCGGAGGCGACCUUCUUUUUCUACUGAUUUGACUUGACACUUGUGAGAAAAGGUUAAGAGUGGGGCUUCAAUUAGAGGAUUGCAGAGCCUGCCGAGGGAAGAAAGCUUGAGGAGAUGGGGGUGGCUCACAAAAAGAGAGAGGAGCAGGGAUAUUUUUCGUUCUUGCUUGGUGGAUUAAACGCCACGUUCUCCAUUCAUUGUGAUCCACUCAUUUCACCCAACUCAUCUGGCCUUAUCAGUUUGCUUGGAGGGUAGCUACUGCAAAACUGGAAAUUAAUCCACAUAAACCUCUUUCUCUUUCUCUUCUCUCUCUCCCUUCCUAUUCUUCCCUUCUCUCAACUCAUCGGUGCGACCAGAGGACCCUUUCCUUCUCUCCUCUUUCUUGUCGCACUCCGGCGACUAUGAUUGCCGCAAGAGUCUCCACAAAUCACAGGUCUCUCUCCCCUCCAUCCUUUCAAAGAGGAACCUGAGUAACGCUCGCUGGCCAUAAAUGCCUAUCAUGAUUGUUAGACUGGUUUGUGUAAGUUAGUUUGGGAUCAGGUUAAUCAAUGCCGGGCUUUGUGGUUUUUGUUCAGAUUUAUCCUGCCAAGGUGAAGAAGUUGCUAUAGCCAGCCAAAGAGAGCAAUGCGCGCCUGCCUUCGUUUUCGAAGAAAAUGAAUGCGUUGAAACCCAGCAGUGGCCGUCCUUCCCUUCUUUAUAUGUACAACAUUCAUUCUCUUUGGUGUCGGAUCAUUAAUUUGUUCUCCUUCCAUCUCUUUUGCUUCUUUCGUUUCAGGGUGUGGAUAUACGUUCGUGAUCGUGAGUAACCACAACUAACGGCGAUGAGAACCACAACGGGCAGAGUCGACAGAGUAGUACCAACGACCGACUCUCACAGUAGCUCCUCCAUCUCCCACUUUUUUUAGUUUCCACUCAAUUUCCUCUUUAUGAUCCGUGACUUUUGAGGUGGACCCUAUGUUUCGGAAGUUGAUAAUGGAUGUGGGCCUUCAGCUCCAGAUCUUCUUCUCUCCUUUAUCCUGAUGCUAAUCUUCAAAUCUCCUAUGCGAUUCUCUGCUCCCGAUCUCAAUGCAAAUCCAUUCAUCUGUUGUUAUAUAUGUUCUGUGUGUCUCUAACUUUGAGAGUUUUUUGUUGCGCCAUUGUUGGGCAAUGAAGCGCUUGAAUUAAUUUAAUUAAGUCGUUGGGUUCCCAAUUGGGGUUUGGAGCUACCGAGUUAACCAAGUUUCAGAUCAUAUAAGCCGUUUUUAGUUCCAGGUAAGCUGACAUAUUGAUGAUGCCUUCCAUUCAGUACUUUAGAGAUAAUUUCCAUACUUAAUUUAAGAGUUGGAAUGUGUCCACAGUAGGUUGUCAUCGGGGACUUGGUUUCAAUUCGGCUUAAUGGUAUUGUUCCUCUCUUGUUGGUAUAUUCGUUGUCAUUUAUCUGCUCAAGUGGUCAAUUAUGGAAAUUUAAUCGCAGAUCCAUUCGCCUGUGUGGUCACAGUUUACUUUUGCAAAAUAUGCGGUUUCAUGAUUUAGUUGCUUUCUCUAUGAUUUCUAUGCAAUAAGCCCGCUUCCAGAACCAUGAUGGUAAGCUCUUGAAAUAAGUUAAGUUUCCUUCAUGUAUGUUGCUUCUGAGAUCAUACAAUCAGAAAUUCCUUUGUAUCUGCUGAGUUUUUGUCUUAGAUAUUGCUAACUAUCUCCUCUAUCCACUCUUUUUACUUCUCUUUUACUACCCUUUCUUAUGGUUUCAGCAACCUUUUGCAGCGCCAGUAGAUUGAAAAUUUGGAGGCUCUCUGCGACACUUCCUUCCUUUCCUUCUCCUCUCCACAGGCAUAGCCGUUGAUGUUGCACAGUCUAAUGAGAAUUUUCAUUUGUGGUGUUCAUUCUUGGUAGGCAUCUGUAUGCCUAAAAUAUUUAUUGGUCGUCGCCCUUAGCAUGAGUACAUUCUUAUUUGUUAUGUAAAUCCUGUCGUUAGAAAGCAGGUACUAAUAGUAUGGCCUGUGUAAUAGUUUGGUUUUGGCAGAGAUUGUACCUGCUUAUAGACUGCUGCUGAUAAUUAACUGCGUUCCUCAUUUUAAAUUUCAGUUAAACUCUUUGUAAUUUGGUAUGGUGUGGCCAGCUCAACUUUAUACAAUCGAUUAUUUGGCACCUUCAUAACUGCCUUGCUAGAACAUUGCUUGGAUACUUCUAUAAUUCUCAUAUGUGCUCAUGAAAGAAAAAAAAAAGGUGUUCGGCCUUCUCCCCGAACUCUAUUGAAAAUGUAAGAAUUAAUUCAUGGUGUGACUUCAUUCUAAAUUACACUUGAAUGUACGUUCAAAUUGAAGAGUCUCAAUGCAUUCAAAAAGCGCGAUUCUACCUAAAAGUGGUUGGGUAACCUCUAAUGUAAAAUCAUAGGCUUUUAAGUUUUAAAAUGUAGAUUUUGACUACAUUUGUAAGGGAAAAUCACGAUUACGUAGAAGCAUUUUGGUGACUCAAAAAAGUAAAAGCGUAAGCUUUUAAGUUUUAAAAUACGAUUUUGACUGUAUUGGUCUCUCUAUGUUGUCGUGCUCACGGGGUGUGGCCCCUUCCCUACAACUUAAAGUCCCAAAAUUUCAAAUCAAAGUGACCAUUGUAAAUUAUGUGAUUUCGUUGUUCUGUUCUGCACGUUCUUUCCAUUUCAUGGUCAAAAUUGUUGGAUUUUGUUAUAUGUUUCCUUUUCCAGAACAAAAUAAGGAGUUGAGAGAUUGAAUCAACACAAGGGUUUCGUAGCUAACAUUCAAUGUAUUUUUUUCUUCCCAAAUCUAACAUUACCAUAUUUAGUUGGUGCUGAUUUGUUAUGCAUGCCAAGAGUUUAACUCUGGCCAUAAGGAUACUAAAACAAAUAAAGUGGAAACAUUAGAUGGGGACCACACAAACCCUAAAAUAUAUUGUUAUGACAAUUAUAGAAUGUGAGAAUUUCACGCAUUUAUCGUAAGUCCCAGCGCGGAGCGCGGGCAAUGGAAACUAGUAUACAUAUAAAGGAGCUAACUUUAUAGUAGACUGCCACGCAUGACAAAUUUAACGGAGUGUAACGGCCGGUGACUAACGGUGAAACGAUUUGUAAAGUGAGUGACAAAUAAGAAAGAAGAGUAAUUCAGGUGGCAAAUUUUAAAAAAUUUGUUUAAUUCGAGUGACCGAACAAAUGUAUAAUUUAGCCCAUAUAAAAGGUAUAUACACACCAAUCACUGAGAGAGACAUGAAAAUAUAUUGACACAUGCAUAAAGAGUUACUCCUCCAAUGGAUUCUCCUCGUGUAUCCUUGUUCUACCUCAUCAUCAUCACCACUCUCCUCGUUCCGAUCUCCGCCGUCUCCUCCCAACAUCCGCCACCGGAAGUUAGGCAGAUGAUUGAGACUGGUUUCGGCGGUGGUCCUCCGACUUGGCGCGGAUUCCGCAAGCCGCUUCAAAAUAAAUCUUAGCAAGGUAAGUAAGGUAACCACCACCGUAUAACACUAUAACGUAAAAAUUCCCGAGUUAACCUCUUCUCAUACUCGAUUGUAUGUUCUAUCUUGUACGUGCUUGAGAGUUGAGACCAAAAUUUCCAAACCACACAUAACCAUGAUAUGAUUUUCAUAUUAUCAUGCUAUAGUUUUUUUUUUUUUUCCAUCCAUCACGAUAUAGUAUGAAAUGAUAAAGAAUCCUUAGAUAAAUAAAAAUUUUCCCG